UCCCGCAGUUUCGCGCCGCUUGGCGACGUUGGCGCCCCGCGCCCAGCAGCAGUACGGCCGCCAUGGCGUCGCCCUUCAGCGGGGUGCUGCAGCUGACAGACCUGGAUGACUUCAUCGGACCGUCUCAGGAUUGCAUCAAGCCCAUGAAGGUGGAUAAGAGGUUGGGAAGCGGCGUGGCCAAGAUCCACAUCGAAGACGAUGGCAGUUACUUCCAGGUCACUCAGGAUGGAGGGACCCGGAAGCUGGAGAAGGCCAAGAUCUCGCUGGAUGACUGCCUGGCAUGCAGUGGCUGUGUCACCUCGGCAGAGACCGUGCUCAUCACUCAGCAAAGCCACGAGGAGCUGCGGAAGGUUAUAGAUGCCAAUAAGACGGCGGCCCCCGGUCAGCAGAGGCUGGUUGUCGUGUCCGUCUCGCCCCAGUCCAGGGCAUCGCUGGCUGCACAGUUCGGGCUGAACCCUACAGACACUGCCAGGAAGCUGACUGCAUUCUUUAAGAAAAUCGGGGUGCACUACGUGUUCGAUACCUCCUUCUCGAGGAACUUCAGUCUCCUCGAGAGCCAGCGAGAGUUUGUGCAGAGAUUCCGAGGACAGGCCGACUCCCAGCAGGCCUUGCCUGUGCUUGCGUCCGCCUGCCCAGGCUGGAUCUGCUACGCGGAGAAGACGCACGGAAGCUUCCUCAUCCCCUACCUCAGCACUGUUCGGUCCCCACAGCAGGUCAUGGGCUCCCUGGUCAAGGACUUCUUUGCCCAGCAGCAGCAUUUGACCCCGGACAGGAUCUACCACGUGACGGUCAUGCCCUGCUAUGACAAAAAGCUGGAAGCUUCCAGACCAGACUUUUUCAGCCAGGACUACCAGACUCGUGAUGUGGAUUGUGUUGUCACCACAGGAGAAGUCUUCAAGCUGCUGGAAGAAGAAGGGGUCUCACUCUCGGAACUGGAGCCAGCCCCCCUGGACAGUCUGUGCAGCAGUGUGUCUGCCCAGGAGCCCAGCAGCCAUCGGGGCGGGGGCUCCGGGGGCUACCUGGAGCACGUGUUCCAGCACGCAGCCCGGGAGCUCUUUGGAAUCCACGUGGACGAGAUCACCUACAGACCCCUGAGGAACAAGGACUUUCAGGAGGUGACCCUGGAAAAGGAGGGCCAAAUCGUGCUGCACUUUGCCGCGGCCUAUGGCUUCCGCAACAUCCAGAACCUGGUGCAGAAGCUCAAGCGAGGGCGCUGCCCGUACCAUUAUGUGGAGGUCAUGGCCUGCCCCGCAGGCUGCUUGAACGGCGGAGGCCAGCUCAAGGCCCCCAACACGCCAGGCAAGGAGCUUCUCCAGCGCGUGGAGACGCUGUAUAGCAUGGUCAGGACAGAGGCGCCGGAGGAUGCACCUGGCAUCCAGGAACUGUACCGGUGCUGGCUGCAGGGCGAGGGCUCGGAGCGCGCUGGCCGCCUGCUGCACACAAGCUACCACGCGGUGGAGAAGGCCAGCUCCAGCCUCGGCAUCAGGUGGUAGGAGGCCUCCGCGCCAGCCUUCUAGGCCCGCCACAGCCCGCACCCGGACUCCCGGGGAGGUCGUGUCCCGAGACCCCGGGGACCACCCCCGAAACGCGGACGUCAGCUGUGGGGAUGUGCCGGAGCCCGUACAGAAACGAGCCUCAGAACCCGUAGCCAGGACAGGUGUGCUCGUCCUGCCUGCCCACUGCAGGAGGUCAGAUGGUCCACAAGGUCCCGGAACCUCCCCACAGGCCCAGCUCUGCGAGCAGGGUGCUGGCCACUCCUGCCUUGUGGCCCAAGUGUGUGGGGGUUUCAGCCGGUCCCGUGGGCUGCACAAGGCAGAACAAAAGCAGGAGCCAGGCUCCCACUGAAGCCAGGCUGUGAAGGACAGUGAUGGGCAGCGCCUGCCGGGCCAGUCAAACUUGGAGCCCAGUGUGAGGAACCCUACUGCGCUGGAUGGCGUAGAAUGCUGGCAGGAGAAGGGCGCCCAGCCUGCGACACCCCCUGCGACAGGGGUGCAGCACCUGCCCCACCUGGGACCGGGCCCUGAUGAUGCCAGGCAUGGCCUCUGGGACCUGACAGCUUGCGUUCUCUGGGCAGAAUUCCAGAUGGGAAGCAGGGUCUGUGAGAGAGGCCGCUGAGACUAGGCACGAAGUCCCUUCUCCACUUACAGGAGUGGGGGAGAGCACAGAUCAGGCUGAACCCACAGGCCUUUCCUUACCAAGUUCCAAGUCUAAUAAAGGGAUCUCUCUCCCGAUGGUUUCUCUC